UCAUCCAUACAUAGUUUUGAAUCUUCCCAUUCCAAUGCUGCAAUUUGGAUUCUGUGACACAAUUCAUCUCACCCCAGCGUAUCAGCACUUGAAGAGAUUUCAGAAAAUCUUCAAUCCCGAAAUUUAGUAGAAAUUUUUUCCAGUAUAGGAGUUCUUCAUAAACAUUCAUUGCCCAAAUACUGAGUCACAUCAUCAUCGUGCGGUAAAAUCUUAUUGUUGCUGAGUGUUAGUUAAUAAUAAGUUAUUUGUUGUGUUUGCACACAUCGAAGCUUGGAAUUUGGGAUGAAAGUUCUGUACUUGAGAACUACCUUCACUUAUUUAAUUUUUUAUUUGUAAGGUAAAUCUUUGGUGAAAUUAGGGAUUUCAUUUGCUUUUAUUUAAAGGACGAGGCGUGUUGCAUUGCAUUCUUGCAGUUUGUAUGUGAGUAUAAAGCCUUUUCUCAAUUUCCAUGUGGCUUGGAUUCAAAAUUCCCAUCAACUUGUUCUCCAAAACCACACACACCUUAAGGUUUGCAUCCACUUCACUUGCCCACUUCAAUUCACCCACUUUCUCAGACAGUGAAGCUGAAGAAGAAUCAUCUUCAUUUUGUACCAAUAACACCCUUUUAUCUAAGCCACACACUUUCCACGUGCUUCAAACACUGAACCGUUUGCACAAUCACCCUGCUCUUGCACUCUCUUUUUUCACUCAAGUCAAGCAACAAGGGUUCACUCACAACAUCUCAACCUAUGCUGCUAUCAUCAGGAUCUUGUGCUACUGGGGCUUGGAUAGGAGGUUGGAUUCUCUGUUCCUUGAUCUCAUUGCUCUUUCAAAACAAUACCCUUCAUUUGAAAUCCAUGACUUGUUUGAGGCACUCUUGGAGGGUGUUGAUGGGAAUCACCACUUGCUUAGAGCGUUUGAUGUGUUUGUUAAAACUUGUGUUAGUCUUAACAUGUUUGAUGAGGCUAUUGAUUUCCUGUUUCAAACUAGAAGGCGUGGGAUUGUGCCAAAUAUCUUUGCUUGUAACUUUCUCAUCAACCGGUUGGUUGAACAUGGUAAAGUGGAUAUGGCAUUGGCCAUUUACAAGCAACUCAAGAGGCUUGGUUUGAGCCCCAAUCAUUACACGUAUGCCAUUGUUAUCAAGGCACUUUGUAGGAAGGGUGAAUUGGAAGAGGUGGUUUAUGUGUUUAAAGAAAUGGAGGAAACUGGGGUGACUCCUCAUUCCUAUUGUUACGCAGCUUAUAUUGAAGGGCUCUGCAACCAUCAUAGGUCUGAUUUGGGAUAUGAGGUGCUCCAAGAAUGCAGAAUGAAAAAUGCCCCUAUAGAGGUUUAUGCGUACACUGCUGUUAUUCGUGGAUUUUGUAAUGAAAUGAAAUUAGAUGAAGCUGAGAGUGUCUUUUUUGACAUGGAAAGGCAGGGGCUGGUUCCUGAUGUGUAUAUUUAUUCGGCAUUGAUCUAUGGGUACUGUAAGAGUCUUAAGAGUCAUAAUCUGCUUAAAGCUUUAGCCCUACAUGAUGACAUGAUUUCGAGGGGCAUAAAAACAAAUUGUGUGAUUGCUAGCUACAUCCUCCACUGCUUGGGUGAGAUGGGCAUGACUUUGGAAGUGAUAAAUCAGUUUAAAGAAUUCAAGGAUUCUGGCAUGUUUCUUGAUGGGGUAACCUACAAUAUUGUAUUUGAUGCUUUAUGUAAAAUGGGUAAAGUGGAUGAUGCAACAGAAAUGCUAGAAGACAUGAAAGGUAACCGUAUGGUUUUAGAUAUUAAACACUACACAACCCUUAUUAGGGGGUACUGCCUUCAGGGAAAACUUAUUAAUGCCUCUAGUAUGUUUGAAGAAAUGAAGGGAAAGGGUUUAAAACCUGAUAUUGUCUUGUAUAAUGUACUAGCUGCCGAGUUGUCUAGAAAUGGCCAUGCUUGUGAGGACCUUUUGGAUUAUAUGGAGUAUCAAGGUGUUAAGCCAAACUCUACUACACACAAGAUGAUCAUUGAAGGUUUAUGUUCAGGAAGCAAGGUUGUAGAAGCAGAGGAAUAUUUUAACAGUUUGGAAGAUAGGAGUGUUGAAGUCUAUUCUGCCAUGAUGAAUGGUUAUUGUGAAGCAGGCCUUAUCAAAAAAUCAUAUAAACUUUUUCUUAAGCUGUCAAAACAAGGAGAUAUUGCAAAAGAAGCUUCCUGUUUGAAGCUAAUUAGUAAACUCUGUGAGGAAGGUGACAUUGACAAAGCUAUGGUCUUGCUGAAGACAAUGUUGUCGUUGAAUGUGGAACCUAGCAAAAUAAUGUAUUCUAAAGUAUUGGCUGCUUUGUGCCAGGCUGGGAAUAUGAAAAGUGCUCGCUCUUUGUUUGAUUUUUUCAUUGGGAGAGGAAUUACACCUGAUGCUGUAACUUACACAAUUAUGAUAAAUAGUUAUUGUAGGAUGAAUUGCAUGCAAGAGGCCCAUGAUCUCUUCCAGGAUAUGAACAGGAUAGGAAUCAAACCUGAUGUCAUUACCUACACAGUUUUACUUGAUGGGAACUUAAAAGAAAAUUUAAGAAGGCAUUUCUCCCCUCCACAUAGUAAAGGAAAGACAGCAACAUUGGAUGUUUCCACUAUCUGGAGAGAUAUGAAGCAAAUGGAAAUAAGUCCAGAUGUUGUUUGUUACACUGUUUUGAUUGAUGGACACAUAAAGACAGAUAACUUUCAAGAUGCAAUUAGCCUCUUUGAUGAAAUGAUUGAUAGAGGACUAGAACCAGAUACUGUAACAUACACCGCUCUGAUUUCUGGCUUGUAUAACAGAGGGAACAUGGGGAAAGCUGUUAUGCUGUUUAAUGAAAUGUCUUCCAAGGGAAUGACACCAAACUCAGCUUUGAAACGUCGUAUUCUAAAAGCUAGAAAGAUGCAAUUUCAUAAGUAGUUAGUCAGUUUAGACUGUUAGCGCUUGGAUUUAUCCCAAGUUCUAAAAUCUAUACGGUCAAUACCUAAAGGUUGGAAAAAGAAGAGCUAUGCAGAUUGAUGACCAGGAUGUUGUUGUAUGUAGUAACAGAAGUACCUGCUCGCAAAGCUAGCCAUUCCCUAUCGGUGGCACUUUCCAGACUUGCCAUUUUUCAUCCUGAUGUGGCCCUGUCUUUGCAAUGUAGUAUACACAUUGUUUUUCUUCUCUCAGAGGAUGCCCAAGGUUUAUUCUACAUCAAUGGCAAUGCUGCUGACAUAUUAUCAAUAUUUCUCUUAAACUUCAAACCUACAUUGCAGCUUUUCAUGGGCAUUAUUAUUUUAAUGAUGUCUCUGCAAAUGUAUUUUGUCCAAGCAAAUAUACUUGUAGAUAUGCCAUUAACAGUUAAAUCAUAUAAAGAGUAACUCCACAGUAUCCAUUGAUUGAAGAACACAUUAAUGAUGUUA